AUGGAAUGGAAGGAACAAUUCUCCGGGGGCGAAAGACCUAGCGGGCGACAUCAAAGGGCCACCGGCAAGGAUGAAGAAGGACGAGAGGGACUGAGGGCGAAGCAGGCAGGCUGGCCGGAGCAGCAGCCGGAGAAGCAGCCGGAGAUGACUGCAGACAGGAGGGAAAAUAUGACACAGGUCGACAGCCCUGGCGACGGUGGUGCUGCUGCUGCUAAUGAUGAUGAUGACGAUGAUGCUGAUGAUGUAACAAACAGAACAGGGAAGGAUGGGAGAGAGGACACGAACGGCCAGCAAGCCAGAAAGGGCGAGAGAGAGAGAGAGAGAGGGAGAGAGGAAGAGAGCAAGGCCAAGGGUUCUCGGCCGACUUGGCCGGCAGUGGCCGCCGACCAGGACAAUGACUCAAUUGUUUCCUGGAUGGAAGAGAGUGGAGGAGAGGACGCCCUGGGUGGUACAGCAGCAGCUAAGCAACCUGCCAGCUGCACAGUCGUGCUCCGUACGACUAUGGACGGCGGACGAGGGACAGACAAGAGACGGCGUUCUUGA